AUGUCUAAUAGUAUCUCAAAUCAACUAUAUUCAAAGGAUGAAAAUUCCAUACAUUUGGAAGGUUUUCAAUCGACCAAGAAGAAAAGAGUGCCAAGCGAAGAAAAAAGGAGGCUGAUGAAUAAUCUACGGCUUUUUAUUUUCAAAAAAGUUAAACGUUUCAAAAACCUUGGCAUCAUAAUUUUUAAUCUUUUUGUUGUUCUUUAUUUUGUAUUUGCAACUCUUUAUUGGAUUAAAAAGACAAUUUACUAUAAUUUGGAAUGGUGUCAUGGAUAUGGAUUAUUAGUUUUAAUUUUGUUUACAUAUUUUGUAAUUUUUUAUCAAAAAAUGUUAAAAAUACAAAUAGUAUUUGGUCUAAUAAUCAUUACUGGAUUUUUACUGUUUGUUAUCCUCGAUACGGUACAUUCAAGAAAUAGAUUAACAAGCUUUAUUGUAGUUAGCAUUAUCUUAGGGUUUGGUUGGAUCUUUUGAAAACAUCCGUCAAAGGUUAACUGGAGUACACUAAUAUGGGGUUAAAUACUUCAAUUUGCUUUUGGCAUUUUUACUAUUAGAUGGACUAUUGGUCGAGCAAUUUUUGACUGCCUUCCGAAAAAAAUUUCAGUUUUUUUAAACUAUACACAGUAUGGAGCUUGUUUUGUAUUUUCCGAAGAAUUAGUUAAUAAUGACGUUUUUGCUUAUUCAGCUCUUCCUGUUAUUUUUUUCAGUUUUAUAAAACAAGUAUUAUACUAUUGGGGUAUUAUGCAACGUGUUAUCCAAAAUAUCUGAUGGAUUUUACAUGUAAUCAUGGGAACCACAAUUUGUGAAUCGAUAAAUUCAGCUGCCAAUACAUUUCUUGGAAUGGUAGAAUCACCAUUAUUGAUCAAACUAUAUAUAAAUAAAUUAACGAUAUCGGGAAUUCAUGCUAUAAUGUGUUCUGGUUUUGUUACAGUUUUUGGAACUGUUAUGGCUGUUUACAUAAAAUUCGGAGCAAAUCCGUUACAUCUUAUUACUGCUUCGGUCAUGUCAGCUCCAGCUGCUUUAUGCUUCUCCAAAUUAUUUUAUCCGGAAACCGAAAAGAGGAUAAUUACGUUUAAAAAUAUUAAUCUUUUAAAAAUAGAAAAUAUCAGUUUUAUUGAUGCAGCAACUAAAGUCGCUCUUGCUGGAAUUCCACUAAUUUUAAGUAUUAAUGCAAAUGUUAUUGCUUUUGUGUCCGCUGUGGCAUUUUUAAAAACACUGUCUUGGUUUGGCACACUUAUUGGAUAUGAACAAAUAACUUUCGAGUGGCUCCUGUCUGCCUGUCUGAAAGCCUUUUUGCCCAUGAGUUGGAUAAUUGGUGCCCCUUGGGGUGAAUGCGAAAGUGGCACCCUGAUAAGCCUGAAAACCGUGGUGAAUGAAUUCAUCACUAACCAGAAGCUUGGAGUAUUUAAAAGUGAGAAAAAACUGUCACCAAGGGCACAGGCCAUCACCACGUAUGCAAUUUGCGGCUUCUCGAAUCCAGGCUCGAUCGGUAUAAUGAUCGACGGACUCGGUACUUUAGCAGCCGAGAAGCACAAACAAAUCACGGACAUCGCUAUUCGAGCUUUUAUUGCUGCUGGCAGUGCUGUUUGUUUCUUCAUCGCAAGUAUUGCCAGUGUCCGUAUAGACGAUAAUUUUCUAAACUCAACUGUAACGAAUGUAGAUAAUUCCACAAUAUCGCCAUCCUUAUUUAAAUAUUAA